AUGUCUGACCCCAGAGAAAAUGGCCUCGAGGCGUGGUUACGUUACGCUUCACUUCCCACGGAGGCGGCCAAGCAAUACCCGCGCUACACGAACAUUGUCGCAUUGACAGACUCCAAGUCCAGUCCCGUAUGUACGGCUGGAAAGGAGGUUCAAGAUGGCCUGAAGAAGAUUCUGAACCAGAGCGCAAAUAUCCGCCACAAAUUCGACCCUUCCGAGCAACUUUCCUCCUCUGCGAUCGUGGUUGGCACCCAAGACGAUUUCCCUUGGUCGGCUUUUCCUUCUCUGCAGGAUGUGAAAAACACCGUCUCCUCUCUCAAAGAAGAUGGGUUCUGGCUCGGAACUUCUACAUUCAAGGACGAAGCUCAGACGGUGGUGAUCAUAGGCCAGAACGAGCGAGGUGCGCUCUACGGUGCUAUGGAAUUCCUCAUGCGUCUGGCGCAAAAUCAGCCCAGUCCUGCCAGUUACGCCAGCAGCCCCAGCGCACCGAUUCGAUGGAUCAAUCAAUGGGAUAAUCUGGACGGCUCCAUUGAGCGAGGUUACGCCGGACCAUCCAUCUUUUUCAAAGAUGGCGCUGUCCUUGACGAUCUCACCCGAGUCGAGCAGUACGCACGACUGAUGGCCUCUGUGCGGCUCAACGGUAUCGUGGUGAACAAUGUCAACUCGCACUGCAACUUGUUGAAUCCUUCAAAUCUCAAGGGGCUCGGUCGAAUUGCCGAUGCCAUGCGACCCUGGGGUGUGCGGAUCGGAGUCGCGCUGUACUUUGAUACUCCAAUCGAGCUGGGAGGGCUCAAGACGUCCGAUCCUCUAGACCCGGAUGUGGUGGCCUUUUGGAACGAUAUCACCACACAAUUGUAUGAGAAUGUGCCGGACAUGCUGGGAUACCUGAUCAAGGCCAAUUCGGAGGGCCAACCGGGUCCCCUGACCUACGGGCGUACUUUGGCCGAAGGAGCCAAUUUGUUCGCUCGGGCCUUGAAGCCUCAUGGGGACGGUAUCGUCAUGUACCGUGCGUUCGUUUACAACCAUCACCUCGACGAGUCCAACUGGAAGAACGACCGAGCCAACGCAGCGGUGGAGUUCUUUGACGGGCUCGACGAUGUGUUUGAUGAGAACGUACUGGUGCAGAUCAAAUACGGUCCCAUUGAUUUUCAGGUCCGUGAGCCCCCCUCGCCGCUGCUGGCUCACCUACGACGAACCCGAACCAUCAUCGAAUUCCAGGUGGCACAAGAGUACAUGGGCCAGCAAAGCCAUCUUUGCUAUCUGGCGCCGCUGUGGCGCACAAUCCUUGAUUUCGAUCUUCGCAUCGACGGGGAGCCGUCGCUCGUCAAAGACGUCGUGUCUGGCGAGCGCUUCAACUGGAAGUACAGCGGAUACGCCGCCGUGGUCAACGUCGGCAAUGACUCGACCUGGCUGGGCAGUCACCUUGCCAUGUCCAACCUAUACGCAUAUGGUCGGUACUGCUGGGAGCCAUCCAGCGACGAGGCCGCGGUGGUCUCAGAUUGGGCCCGUCUCACCUUCGGUCUGAACCCCACCGUGGUCGACACAAUCACCCAACUAUCGAUGGAGUCCUGGCCCACAUAUGAGAACUACUCGGGAAACCUGGGCAUCCAGACACUCUGCGACAUUGUCAAAACCUGCCACUACGGUCCCAGUCCAGCCGCGAUGGACGGGAACGGAUGGGGCCAGUGGACGCGCGCCGAUGCGCAUGCCAUCGGCAUGGAUCGCACGGUAGCCACCGGCACCGGAUUCUCCGGUCAAUACCCAGCCGAGGUGGCCAAGGUCUUUGAGAAUAUCGAGACCACUCCCGACGAGCUUCUACUUUGGUUCCACCAUGUCCCCUAUACCCACCGCUUGAAGUCGGGCAAGACAGUGAUCCAGCACUUCUACGACGCUCACUAUGAAGGUGCAGAGAACGCGCAGACCUUCCCCGUCCGCUGGCAAGCCCUCCGUGGACUCAUCGACGACCACCGUUUCCAGCAUAUCCUCUUCCACUUGACCUAUCAAGCCGGUCACGCCCUCGUGUGGCGCGACUCCGUCAACACCUUCUACCAUGCCAAAUGUGGUAUCGCCGACGAGCGCAACCGCGUGGGCAACCACAAGUGGCGCGUCAAGGCCCAGGACAUGCAGUUGACAGGAUACCAGGUGGUCCCCGUCAAGCCCUUUGAGGCCGCCUACGGAGCCGAAGCCAUCAUCACCACGUCCAACACUGCGCCCGGCACGGCUACUUGGCCCGUCUCCUUCCCCGCGGGCACUUAUAACCUCGCGGUGAACUACUACGAUCAUCUGGGUGGUACAUCUCGCUAUCAGGUCUUCCUCGGCAGCGGGCCGGGUGGUGAGAAACGGCUCGUGGGGGAAUGGGCGGGCGAUCUGGGCAAGCACCUGCUUCACGACUUUUCCGAUCUUCGUGAUGGACACUCCAAUACCCGCAUCACCUUCAAGGGGGUGACCGUUCACGAGGGGGAUGUACUGACGAUUGUUGGUACGCCCAAUGGAGACGAACUUGCGCCCAUUGAUUAUGUUUCUUUCCUACCGGAUGGGAUCAUUGACUAG